CUAGCCUCGGAUCCCAGCCCUCUUCCCGCCCCUCCCCUCCCCUAAACUCCCUCCACCUUGGUGCUUCCAAACAUCUGGAUCACCCUGGGCACCACGAGGGGUUGGAUUUCUAUCACUAGCGCGCCUUUUUACAUUUUUUUCCCGAUCCCCUGCUCACAUCUGUAAAAGCCACUGGUUUUUCUACCACACCUUUGAUAAGAACAAGACGUUUUCUAGGAAGAUGGUGGCAGAAAAAGAGACCCUGACCUUAAACAAAUGCCCAGACAAGAUGCCGAAGAGGACCAAACUGCUGCCACAACAGACGAUCCAGGUGCACCAGCCUCAUUCCCUGGUUUCUGAGGGCUUCACAGUCAAAGCCAUGAUGAAAAACUCAGUCGUGCGGGGUCCUCCAGCCGCAGGGGCAUUUAAAGAAAGGCCGACCAAACCCACCGCAUUCCGAAAAUUUUAUGAGCGAGGAGACUUUCCAAUCGCCCUUGAGCAUGACUCAAAAGGAAACAAAAUUGCCUGGAAGCUGAAAGGGCCUCUCCGCCCAAAGACAGCCAAGCCAGUGCAGGAGUCUGAGUAUCAAUCACAUCGGCUUGAGGAAAACAAAAGGUUCAGGCCAAACAUCAUCAGUUAA